CACCGCUGCUAGUUCGUCAGUGAGCGCUCGCUAGUCUAGCUGAGACCCCCUCGGCAGCAGGACCCUUCGCGCACGCCCUUUCGCGAACCGAGCCGGCCUCGAAGACCGUGGCGUUCUAUCGGCUCACCAGGUGAUCCGCGGAGAGUGAUUUACGUGGUUGAAUUUUGGUGAUUGAGUUCCCUUUCCGGCGAGAGAGUUGUAACACCGGCCGAGGGAAAAGGUGAACAACACAAGCAGUUGAAUCAAUUGUUGUGACAUUCCUGGCGCUUUAGUGGUUCGGUUUAGUGCCGGUCAAGUGAUUCAUGUGGUUCGAGCGCAUGAGAUGAUAAGCAUAUAUGCAUGUGAUAAAAUAGCAAAAAAGUUAACUUUCUGAUGAAUACAUAUGUGUUAAAGGGUGUCUCUGUAGUGACCUAUAUUAACAUCGGGUACACACGUCUUCCAAAAGAAGAGAGAAAAGAAAGAGAAGACAUACAGUAAUACACCUGAAAGAAGGAGAGAAUAAAAAACUUUUGAUUGAAGGCAACUGAGGUUAUCUGCAUUCGAUCCUUCGAUUUGUAAAGCUCGCAUUCAGCUUUGAUAGGAGAUUGUGUUCAGUGUAGCUGCAAAGCUGGUGAAGCGAUACAACGUCUGGACAACUUCACAUCGGCUGAAGAGCUCGAGACGUGCUGAAGAAUUAAUUGCUGAGUGACCUGCUCUGACCUACCGUCGCCUGCUCUCGCGCUAUGCGGGCGGUGACCGGAUCGUCGUGAGGUAAUGCUGAACCUGAACAGACGUCGGUAUGAGCUGCACGACGCCCCUGUGAGGGCCCGGCGCCCGCGCGAGCCCCCGACGCGCCCGCCGCCCUACAGCCGCGUGGGCUGAACGGACUGUCCCACCCAUUACUGUCGGCCGCCUCUCGCUCCCACAUGCGAGCCGGGAGGUGAGGGCGGGCGGGAGGCGGAGGCACGGGCGUGAUGGUGGCAUGAUCCCGCGGGCGUGGGCGUGGCUGGUGGUGCUGGCCGUCGCGUGGCAGCCCCCGGGAACGGCCGCCGCCGCCAAGACCCGCAUCGUCAGCACCAAGUACGGACAGGUCCAAGGGCUCAUCCGCCACCUGGGGCACCUUCUCGGAGACGUCGAGGUGUUCUUGGGCGUCCCAUACGCCAGCCCACCCAUCGAGGAGGGCCGCUUCACACCGACCAACACGCCCACGCCUUGGGAAGGCGUAUUGGACGCCACCACCCAGCCCCAGGUAUGCCCGCAGCUCCUGCCCGAGCCCGAUGAGUCGUACAUGCCCCGCGCCCGAGCCCAGUUCAUUCGGCAGGUGACGCCCGCCCUGGCCAACCAGAGCGAGGACUGCCUCACGCUCAACAUCUACACGCCGAUCAUGGUGAUCCCCGGCUCGGAGGUGUACCCCGUACUGGUCUACUUCCACGGCGAGAGCUUCAGCUGGGGCGCGGGCUCGCUCUACGACGGCUCCGUGCUCGCCGCCUACGGCAGGGUCGUCGUAGUCACCAUCAACUACCGCCUCGGCCCGCUCGGAUUUCUGAACACGUAUGGCGGCGGGGCGGGGGGCGUGGUGAGCAACUUCGCGCUCCUCGAUCAGAUCGCUGCCCUCAACUGGGUCGCGGAGAACAUCAAUCAAUUCAAUGGCGACCCCUCAAGAGUGACGCUCUUCGGAAGGGACACAGGGGCGGCUUGCAUCUCAUUCCUGAUGGAGAGCCCCAUUGUACCCCCAGGGCUGUUCCAUCGUGUUGUCAUGCUCUCGGGGUGGUCGCGGUGCCCUUGGUCGUGGGUGACGGCCCCGUUAAGCGUGACGCUGCGCCUGGCCAUGGCCGCCGAGUGCCCCGUGCCUGACGACCCCGCGUCCGCCCACCCACGAACUGUGGCAUGUCUACGGGCGGCGCCACUAGAGGCCCUCAUGUCGGCGGCGCGGAAAGUGGAGUCCCCGGCCUUCAUCCCGGCGUGGGGGCCAAGCGAGGACGGCGUGGUGGUCGCUGGGGCUCGGCGGGGUUCGUCGAUGGGGCGGCAGCGCGUCGAGGUGAUCAUCGGUUACACGCCGUGGGAGGCGUGGUCUUGGCUUGGCCAGAGCCUGGUCGAAAAGGGCGUCGACAACGUGAUCUUCGAACGGGUGGCGAGGACGUGGGUGCGGAAUACGCGCCAUCAUCACCUGCGCGAGGUGCUGGCGGCGGCGCUGCAGGAGUACACGGACUGGACGGCCGUCACGCCCAGCCCGGAGGAGCGACGCAACCUCUUGCUGCACCUGCUGGGCGACGCAGGCGUGGUGGCGCCCCUGCACCAGGCGGCCGACCACCUAGCGCGGCACACCAAGGUGUUCAUGUUCCUGUGUGACCUCGGGAGCAGGCUCCAAGGCCAGCUGCAAGUCCCCGGGUGGGAGCUGGGCCUGAUGUGGGGCACGGGGCUCAGUGACGUCACGCGGUCCCCGGGGGCGCCAACACCCCCCCUCAAGGCCCUCCCGCUCACGCAGCUCUCCGAGGACGUCAUCACGCUGCUCACCAACUUCGCCAAGUCAGGCGAUCCAAAUCUGCCACGGGAAUCCCCCUCACCAGGUUUCGCCGCAGUGGCUUGGCCGAAAUAUAUGCCCGAUACGAGAAAAUACCUCAGGAUAGGCGUGCCGCCCACGGUCGGCUCGCAGUACCGCGCCCACCAGCUGGCGCUCUGGACAUGGUUGGUGCCCGAGCUGGAGGCAGCGGGCAAGACGUACCCACCGGACCCCAACUCGUGGGAGCUCAGCACGGACCCCAAGCUCUUCUACGGCGUGGUCAAGCCGCCUGACCCCUGGUACUUCCUCGCGCCCAACACCACUACGACCACCACCACUGUCGUGGCGCCCACAUCGCCAGAUACGCCUGCGACGAAGCCCACGACGCCGAGAACGACCACCACGCUGGCUCUCACGCCCACCGUUGUCGCGAGCAUCGCUCCUAAGAUCCUGUUUCCGGACACCAGCGAGUACGUGCGCUACUCUACGGCGAUGCUGGUGACCGUAGGCCUCGGUGUGUCGCUCCUGCUGCUCAACGGACUGAUCUUCCUCCUGCUGUUCUGGCGACGCCCCGCGCAGCCCCACGCCUGCCAGGGCCACCACGUCCACGCGCAGGACGGCACGGGCAUGCCGCGGGUGGGCUCCGUGAUGAGCAUGGGCGGCCUCGGGGGCACCUACGGCGGCCCCCCCGACUGCGUCAAGGCGUCGUACGAGAAACUCCACCUCACCGCCGACGAGCUCAAGCAGCUGGCCAGGUCGCCGUCGAACACGCUCAAGAGAUGCAAGUCCCCGGGUCCGCUCAAGUCCCAAGGCUCCUUCAGGUCUCAUGGUGUGGCUACCAUAUGCAGGUCCCCCCGUGGAGGCGACGGCGGUGGCCACCGGGAGACCUCGUUCACGGUCGAGCCGCCCACCCUCCUUCGGGACGACGACUCGCGCCCGCGUGCUCAGUCUGUGGCGACGAUUGGUCGUCAUUCCCCUUCAGACGGGACGCUUCGCGCCGCCUCGGAGCCCCGCGAGGCGCCCACGGGUCCGGGCGCGGGCGGCGACCGGCGGCCCAACGGCUGGGCGAGCUUCGUGGGUGAUGUGCCGGAGCCGCCGCCGCCGCCGCGUACCGCCACGUUGCGCAGGGAGAAGAAAGUGACCAUCCUAGACGAGGCCGUCCACAGGUUAUGAUGCUGACCGACUCCUCCGCUGCCCAGCCCUUCCUCCGCGCUCAGCCACGGCGUUGCCCUCCGCCCGCGUCCUGCCCCCGGGGAGCCGGGGGCGGUCGCAUGUCUCGGGCGAGGCGAAGCCCCAAACCACGAUGCGUCUGGCCGUCGAGUUUGCUCUCAGUGACGAUGUUUCCCCCCCUCCCCCCAUGGAAACUGAUACUAAUUGACGCUGGAGAGUGACGUUUCAUCUCCUUCUAAGGAUUCGCCUCCCACAAAGUCGGCCUCGAAGGGGCUCGCUCAAUCGCAACACGAUUGUAUCCAAAGUUCAGAUUUUUUCUCUCCUUUCUUUUCUUUUCCUUUGCCCUUUCCUUUUUUCUUUUUUUUUCUUUUAUUGCUGUUGCCGUGUCUCUGGACUCUGCCAAUUCACGGCGCUAUACUUUCUCAACUCUCUCUACUCUCUACCAACACGCAUAAUACAUGAACAGUUUUAGUGGCAUUCUUGAUACAAUUACUAGAUAAUUAGUUACGAGUCAAUUACACUCCGAAAUACAAUAAUACACAGAAGCAACCACCAAUUCUCAUAUCAUUUUAAUACAAAAUACAUUAAUGAUCAAGGAAUUUUGAAAAAAAAUUAUGAUAACGUUCACUAGACAAAAUCGACCACUUAAAAAACCCUUAUUUACAUUUACAUUUUUUUAAAGCUAUAACAUACCAAUAAUGUAUAUUAAUGGCAAAAAUAGUUGUAGGUAAACUGGAAUUUUACCGGAUAUUUAAAUAAAAUAGGAUAUAUUGGGGUCAAGGCUAUUCAGUCUCAGAAAUGUUAUAGCUAAAAAAUGUAUAUACAAUAAGGAAUUAUUUAGCGAUUGACCAUACAAAUUGGUCAAGCAUAACUAUUACACACCUAGACACACAUCUUAUAUUUACUGCAACCCAUACACAAUCAUCUGUACAAAUAAUGAUAACAGGACACUUUAUAUGCCAUGUUUUAUUUAAUCACCAAACAUUUGGCGACGAAGGAACAAUCAAAUAAGGUACAGGUUCUAUCUCCGUACUUUGCAAUUUUAUUGACACGUCUUCUUGAUUGCUCUGAAUAGGUAGUCGGUGACAUACCAAUUGAAACAGUAAUAGGUAGUGCCGUUUAGCUCUCUUUCACACACUUGGAAUUGAUAGUGAGCACUUUAAACAUGUACAUAACCAGGAUUUUAGACUGGUAAUAACAUCUUUCAAAACGUAUUUUUUUUUCUUUUCUUUUCUUUCAUAGAUAUAUUUUUACAGUCGCCAGAUCAGAACUUUGGCAGAAUGCCCCUUAACCCCCUCUGAUGAUUCAAAAAUAUAAAGAAGGCAACAAAAAGCUAGUUGCCCAAUUUACUCAUGGCGAAUCAAUCCUGUGACACGUGAGGUAUCAAUACUCACCAGCCCUUAACAAGGGAAAAACUCGUUUUUAUGGAGAUUGUAUAAUUAUAUGUGCGAAGAUAUGUGUUUCCCUGUUCGUCCUCUGGAUAAAUCCCUGUCCCCAGCGCCCUUUCCCCCCUGCUCCUCCUAACCCCUCCCACGCUCCUCAUGCCCCCCUCCCCCUCUCUUUUAGUGGGUCGUGGAAGUCAAAUUGGCUGUCGCUGGGCAGUUUCUCAGCAAGAGAAAGACCAAGAGUGAAGCGAGAUUUUCCGUGCAGAUAAUGAUAAUGUGGAGGCUGAGAUACAAUGUGAUAUCCGAACCGUCGAAGAAAGAGUUUUUUUUAUCAAAAUGAGUAGGAGAGAAUGGAACCUGUGUUUUGUGAGAAAAAGAACACCUGCAAGUAGUGAUUCUAAGUGAAUGACUGUUCGUCUAACUUUAUAAUAAAAAAAAAAAAAAUAAA